CGCACGAAGCAGGAUACUCCCCCCGUCUCUCAUGGAGCUCUCAGUGUCUCCUUCGUCUUCCCUUCGUAUUCCGGCCAUAACCCCUCUCCGCAGCUCCGCCUCGUCUCACCCUUGGAAUGGGCGCGGCAGCAAGCCGACGUGUCAAUGCUCCGCCAGUCCCUACUUCAAGCUCUCCCAGAGUUCGCCUUCGCCCGGCGCGUCCAGUCCGAAAAGCCGUUCCAGACCUGCCCCGAGAAGAUACAAUGGGAAGAACCUUAUCCAGGCCUGUGCUCGAGUUGGAGCAGCUGGCUCUGAUCCUAUAUUGAGUAAAGUCUCUGAUUUUAAAGAUGCAUGUUGGAGAUUUUUAAGACCUCAUACAAUCAGAGGAACAGCUCUGGGUUCCUUUUCAUUGGUGGCUAGAGCUUUGAUCGAGAACUCGCACCUGAUAAAGUGGUCCCUUCUGCUUAAAGCAUUCUCUGGUCUUUUCGCGCUAAUAUGUGGGAAUGGAUAUAUUGUUGGCAUCAAUCAGAUAUAUGAUAUCGGCAUUGACAAGGUCAACAAACCUUAUUUACCUAUAGCAGCAGGAGAUCUUUCUAUUCAACAUGCCUGGCUUUUGGUGAUAUUUUUUGCAGUGACUGGCCUGUUGAUCGUUGCUUCAAACUUUGGAUCAUUCAUCACUUCUCUUUACAGUCUGGGUCUUUUUCUUGGAACCAUCUACUCUGUUCCUCCCUUUAGGAUGAAGAGGUUUCCUGUUGCAGCAUUUCUUAUUAUUGCCACGGUACGAGGUUUCCUUCUAAAUUUUGGUGUGUAUCAUGCCACAAGAGCUGCACUUGGACUACCAUUUGAGUGGAGCUCGCCCGUGGCUUUCAUCACGAGCUUUGUUUCUCUGUUUGCUCUGGUCAUUGCCAUAACUAAAGAUCUUCCAGAUGUAGAAGGAGAUCGCAAGUUUCAGAUAUCAACUUUUGCAACCAAGCUUGGGGUGAGAAACAUUGCUUUCCUUGGUUCAGGGCUGCUUCUGCUAAAUUAUGUCGCUGCUAUAGUUGCUGCAGUUUACAUGCCUCAGGCUUUCAGGCGUAGCCUAAUGAUACCUGCACAUUCAAUCCUGGCGUUGGGCUUGAUUUUCCAGGCAUGGGUGUUAGAACGAGCAAACUACACGAAGGAAGCAAUUGCUGGAUAUUACCGAUUCAUAUGGAAUCUCUUUUAUGCUGAGUACAUCAUAUUCCCCUUUAUUUGAAGAAUUUUUCUUCCAUACAUAUUUUGAGAGAGAGAGAGAGAGUCCUGUAUGCUUGUCUGCUAAUUGUACAUAUCUGCUUGGUAUUGUAAUUUUGUCGUGUCUUUACAAGCUAUGUAAGAGAAAAUCCUGGUUCCUUUAUUAUCUCGCGACAGCGGAUAUUUGAACAUUUGUAAAUUUGCCUGCCUGGACUAUGAAUUUUAGCUUAAGAGGCCUGUUAAAUUUGCAGAAACUGAGACUCUUAUUGAGAAGUUCAAAUUGAUUUU